AUGCUGGAACUCAAUGUGCACAGCGUGCAGCUGGGUGGGUACCCUGGCCGUGACACCACGGUUCGGGUGAUCUACGAUUCCAAGUUCGUGGAGUACAGUUUGGCAAAGAACCAGAGUGCGAAGUUGUCUCUACCCACGGGAUCGUAUAUUGAGGUCGCUGGGGCCCACCCGGCCGAUCGGAAGCCGUGGACACAGACAUUGACCGCAGAAAAUCUUGCAAGAGUCCAAAGUGGUUGCUUUGCUGGUGGUGUGUUCUUUUUUGAGGUUUGCGAGAAAAGGGGCUCGUUCCUUUACCUCAAGGCGCACAAGCACCAGGGGCCCAGCGCACAGAUUGCACCUCCUCCUCAUGCUCCAAUCGAUGGUUGCUGCGUUGUGCAUCAUUGGUCAAUGGGACACACAUACGGAAGAGACCUGACCCUCUUUCACGCGGAGCCCGGAAAGGAGCGCCAAGAAGUGAGCUUCAUCGCAGGGUGCCGGGUGCUGGGCGCAUCCCCAGGAACUCAGGUGACGGUUCGGUCCGCAUGGACAAUGUCAGCAAAAGAUCAUCCAGACGUCCCGAACAGGAACCGCGAAGCAAUCAAGACAUUUUCAGCAGAGGAGGCCAAGAACCGACAUAUACAUGUCACCUGCUGGCGCAAGACGAAUGACUAUGAAAGCACCAUCGAGCAGGCAGUCUUUCCCUUCGAGGAGGCCCUCCAAUGGAAUACCGCUGAUGAUCUCGCAGCAGCUUUCCCAGAGCCUAAGAUGGAGCCAGUGGACCCGUUUCACCUCGUGCUGCACAAUGUCUCGAUGGAGGACUUCCGCAUGAAAGUGACCGUUCGCUCCAGCGGCCGCAAGGCGCAGUUUGAAAUGGAGGGUCGUGGCAACCGAGUACUGACACUUCCGGACAACGCAUCGCUGGAGGUCGAGACCGAGUCCGAAGAUGAUGCCUUGAAGGCUUCUCUGAGCUUGCAAGCUGACCAGUUGAAGGUGGCAAAGGGUUCCAAUCUCUACUUGAUCAGUGAAGUUGAGAGUGAAAGUGUCACCUGCUGUGGGAUUGGCCGAAAGAAGAGGCACCCCACCUCUCAGCCUCAGCUGAAGCACCUGCUUGGCCCUCCUUCCAAGGGCCAAGCAUCCGAAUCCUCGACGAUGUGGCAUUUUACCCCCAAUGAAGGCACGAUGAUUUCCUCAGUCUCGGCGAAGAGGUGUGGCUUUCUCUUGGCCCCUGGUGAGAGUAUCGCGGCUGACACUGCCCUAGCACCGAAGUUGGUUUUAACAGGGCAGGGGAAGCAGCGUACGAUUCCAGUCGAGGAGAAGAAGUGCAGGAACCGCCAUGUUUAUGUUCUCUACAAUGAGGCGCGAAAGGCGCUGCUUCACUAUGGACCUCCUGCCGUGGAACAAGUUCCACACUGGGAUGCCAUUGAGAAUCUGCGCGAGGAGGAAGGAGCGCCUGUUUCACACCCCUGA